AUGAAGACUCGAGCAACAAAGUCAUCAAUCAAAGCUACCGAGGCUACAGAGGAGACAGGCUUCGAGAGUUCGGGUCUCGAGGCCAGCAACAACCCUCCGCUACUCUUCGUUCUACCGGAAGGAGCGUCUCCAGAUGCUCGUGUCGUGACUCUGCCCAAUCCGGCCACCACAGCUCCUUCUCGAUACUUUUUCUGCCCGACCAAAGGCAUUCACGAGUUCACCAAAGUCGCAGUCCCGAAAAAGACACCCCGUAGUUGGUUGAUCACUCCCGAGCAGAGUACAACCGGGGGCCCUGAUGCUGGCUCAAUCGUUGACAGAGGCUACACUGUUGAGAAUGCAGAUCUUUUUGUCGCGACCCCGGUUGAUCCUCUCUUCGUCCUUCUGCCUGCCUUGAUGCCUGCCGCCGACUCUCACGAACAACUUUUCCUCACCAUUGACGAUCACCUCGACAAGCUGGCCGAGAAGGCAAAACAUCUGACACAACUACUCCGUUCCACCAAGAUACAACAGUCAUUCGAGAAAAGGGCAGAUGCUGUUUGCGACAAGGUGGACCUUGGGCAUGAGAAGAUGUUUCGCCUGUCGAACGAGAAGCUGCUGGCCGAGCUGCUUAAGAAAGCAAGUCGCAUGGUUGCCAACGGCCUUCCUGCCUCGUUGGAAAGCCACUUUGUCGAAGAGGCUCUGAGAAUACCCAUGAUGGCUGUGCAGCGAACAGGGUCGCAAGGAGAGGAAACUCCAUCAAGAGACACUGACACCGCAACGCCAUCUACAGCCACGGAACAAUCACAACCUUCCCAGACCUCGGCCGUCACCGAAGCCACUUCUCUCACCUCAGCCUCUGACUCUACUCCCGAUGACAUUACGAACCUCCUCCGCCUCCGCACCGCAUUGAAUCUCCUCUUCUCGACAUAUAUUCCUAGUUCUCUCCACACCCCGCUGAACACCCUGUUGAAGAGUCCGACAUCACCGGCAGAUUUUGCUCCACUUGACGCACAUCUUGGCCAUAUCGCUGACGCAAAACGUCGUGCUCAAGCUCUUCGCUCUCUCUCCGACAAUGUGUCCCGCAAACGCAGUGCUUACAAUGAUGAGGAGGCCGAGGAAAGAGAAGCUGCCAAGAAGAGGAAGAAGGAGGAAGAGGAGGCCAAGAAGAAGAACACAAGCAGAGCCGUCAAGCAAUUGGGCAAGGUCAACACGACGGGUAUGAUGAAGCUGAGUUCCUUCUUCACAAAGGCUCCAGCAAAGAAGUAG